UCCUGCUAGUAUGUACCCUGUAGUUUCCCAUUCACUUGGGAUGUGAAGCCUAAGGUGAACUUCCUUGCGAUUCUUUCUGAGUUUAAGAGCGAGCGAGCGAAAGAGAAAGCAGAUAGACAAUCAAACAAAGAACGAAUGGCCGUGUAUAUGAAAAGCCCAAUCUUUAUUGGCUUCGUGUUGCUUAUGUUUUUGGGGAUCGCCAUCUACUUCAGGCUUUGGUUUAUGGAUUACAAUUUCUCUUCUGAAGACAGAGAUCGGAUGAGGAGGCAAUUUGAUCUUGCUAACAAGGAAGCAAUGGAUGAAUGGGCAGAAUGGAGAUUGAAGUAUGAUGAGGAAGCAGAGAGGGCUACAACUUGUCUUAAAGAGCUGAUAAAGACCAAGGAAGCUCUUGAAAAGAAGGUGGAGGAAGCUUCAAGCAUCGAUCAUAAACUGGCCAUGCUACAAAAGAAAAACGUUGACUUGCUUGACCGAGUGGAGUCAUUGAACCAAGAGCUUGAUGCAGAGAAGUUGAAAUGCAGCUUACAACAAUUUAGGUGACCAUCAAUUCUGAUAUUGAUUUGGAUAUGAUUUUAUAUGAGAUUCAUUUUUUGGCUCUUUCACGAGUUUUUUUACGUUUUUUCCACCAGAUCAAACUAACAUUUGGUUGGUGAGUGAGAAAGGCAAUUAUGUCAUAGGUCAUAGUUUUCUAUAAUACUAUUUUUCCAAACGGGGUAUUUGUCAGUGAGUCACCACUGGGCAUUUCCUAAGCCAUAAAACAGUGAAAGGAAAUACAAUGUUGUUAUUAUGGUCAGAUUUUACUGUCCAUAUUUUGUAGGUUGACUUUGUAUAUUAUUUUUCA